UCCAUGGAAUCUAAUCAAGUUAAUAUUGGAGGCGAUCAUGGUCGUGAAGACAAAAAUAGAUUUUGGACAGCUGUUUACGAUUACGAAGCUGUGGGAGAUGAUGAAUUAUCAUUACGACGGGGAGAACAAGUGGAAGUACUGUCCAAAGAUUCUAAAAUAUCUGGUGAUGAAGGUUGGUGGACGGGUAAAAUUGGUGAUAAAGUUGGGAUAUUCCCUAGCAAUUUCGUGACUCAACAAGAUGUCAAUCAUUUGGAGCAAGUAGGCAAUAAUGGUCGAGUGUUCGAAAUUCUUUUCUCCGAUUUAGAACUGGAAGAAGUUAUUGGUGUCGGCGGCUUUGGAAAAGUUUAUAGGGGAUCUUGGAAAGGACAGGAAGUUGCUGUUAAAGCUGCUAGACAGGAUCCUGAUGAAGAUAUUAGUGUGACUACUGAAAAUGUCAGGCAAGAAGCUAAACUCUUCUGGUUGCUAAAUCAUCCCAAUAUUGUGACUUUAAAAGGUGUCUGUCUUGAAGAACCUAAUUUGUGUUUAGUGAUGGAAUAUGCCCGUGGAGGGUCUUUAAAUAGAGUGUUAAGUGGGAGGAAAAUACCACCUGAUGUGCUGGUUGACUGGGCUAUACAAAUAGCUAGAGGGAUGAAUUAUCUCCAUUAUGAAGCACCUAUUUCGUUAAUUCAUCGUGAUUUGAAAUCUAGUAAUGUAUUGAUCAGUGAACCUUUGGAAAAUGGACAUUUAAGAAACAAGACUUUGAAAAUUACAGAUUUUGGAUUAGCAAGAGAAGUGUAUAAAACAACAAGAAUGUCAGCUGCUGGAACAUAUGCAUGGAUGGCUCCAGAAGUUAUAAAAUCAUCAACAUUUAGUAAAGCCAGUGAUGUAUGGAGCUAUGGUGUCUUAUUAUGGGAAUUACUGACUGGAGAAACACCUUAUAAAGGAAUUGAUGCAUUAGCUGUAGCUUAUGGCGUUGCUGUAAAUAAGCUUACUUUACCUAUUCCAUCAACAUGUCCAACUCCUUUUUCAUCACUUAUGGAGGUUUGCUGGCAUCCUGAUCCUCAUCAAAGACCCACCUUUAUCCAUAUUUUACAUGAAUUAGAAGAAAUUGCUUGCUCCCCGUUUAUGAAUACUCCACAAGAAUCAUUCCAUACCUUACAAGAAGAUUGGAAACACGAAAUUGCUGAAAUGUUCCAUGAGCUACGCUGCAAAGAAAAGGAGCUGAGGUGUCGUGAGGAAGAGCUUACAAAAGCAUUGUUGCAGCAAAAAAUUCAGGAAGAAUUUUUACGGAAAAGAGAACAAGAAUUAGCUGAACGAGAAAUAGAUUUGCUUGAGCGAGAAUUAAAUGUUAUGAUACUCCAACAACAACAAGGUCGCCCUACACCUAAGAAACGUAAAGGGAAGUUUAAGAAAAGCAGACUAAAAUUAUUAAAAUCUGGUGGUCAAAUUAGCAUGCCCAGUGACUUUCGACAUAACAUUACUGUUCAGCCAUCCCCUACAAUGCGACCUGAAAUUGCAGGAUUGCGCAUACCCGCUAGUCCAGAGAGCCCCCCAGCUUCUCCAAAUCUACCUCGUCUUAGAGCUUAUGCAUUGCCUGUUGAUGGUGUGAAAGGCAAAACUUGGGGUCCCAGCACUGUUCAUCAAAAGGAGCGUGGCCAUUCUAGACGUUUACUGAUUGAUGGAAACAAAAGAUGGUCAAAAAGUGCCCCAAAUUUGGAAAAAUCUCAGAGAGGUGCUUUUUCUAGUGUAAUGUGUAAUUAUGGAGCCUUGCCUGAAUGUGGUCAUGAAGAAUGGCAGUUAGAAAGUAUGCCUUUGCCAAGACACCACACCCUUUACAAUGAAACCGAUUCUGAAAAUAGUUUAAAACGGCCGGGAAAUUCUGUCAAUUUGGGUUUGUUCAACGUUGCUGCCAUAGUUAGUUGUAUUGCUCUUGGUUUUGACAUAAGACUGGUUACACAAACUUCUGUCCAUCCAAAGCUCACUCCUGUUUGGUCUGAUGAUGAUGAUGAAGAAAAAAGGUGGUGGUCUAGGGAGCAAGGUUCUCCUCUGUGUUUAGGUUCAGAGUUUGAAUUUUCUUCAGCAUCAGGAUAUCGACACAACACCUACCAUGGCCAGACUAGGCACUAUCGACCUGGAUUGAAUUUCGAUUUUGCGAUUCCAUUGCACUUUACAGAUUCUCCCCAACAUAAUCCAAAUGCUAGCUCAGCAGGCUCUUACACUCCACAUGCUCAGAGUCCAUGCCGGAAAUCUUCUACUACAAGUAAUGAAAGUGACCAUGCUGCUACCAGCUCGAGCUCAGGUUUUGGACCUUCACCGUUAGGUGUCUCAUCUGUAUUGGAACGUAUGUCUUAUUUAGAUUUCAAUAGACAAGAAGGAUAUCACACUCCUCCUCCCCAUUUUCCGGAUCAUUCUCGACAACCAGAAGUUUCUUAUCACUACUACCAAGAAUACAGAGGUGCUGGAGUUGAAUCAGUGUGUUAUGUGGAAAAAGUUUAUGCUGAUCAAACAAGACCCGACGUUUACCAUGUUGAAAGGUUGUAUCCCGAAAAGAACUACCAAGAAGGUUUUCAUGCUCACGAUAUUCCCGGUUCCCCUUCUCCUUCAAUGGGGCACGUGCAGCCUCGUACUCCUCAAAGGAUAAUUUGCACUCAUCGAAGGACUUCAUCUAAUAUAUCUGAUAAUUCUAAUGCUUCCUCAAGUAUUAAUCCUCUGUUUCGCACAGAGGAUAGUGAACAUGACUCCGAAAGUUAUUCUCAAUCAUUGCCGCCUUCAACGAUAGCUCCUUACCAUACGCCAUACGUGACAGUGAUUACUUCUUUGCCUAAUACACCCAGGAGAAAAAAUAGUCAGGAUAGUGCCGUGUUUGACUGCAGCUAUCGUUCUUUAGCUCAUUCAAAAUUAAAAUGUGGUAUUGAUAAUACAUCUUCUCCUACGAGGGGAUGUCUUAUCAAUUCUGCAAACAAUGCUGAUGGAACUCCAACAAAUGGGACGCCCAAUAGCAGUUCUAGAUGUUCUUCUAACGAGGACAGUGGUAGCACUUCGCGGGUCCGCUUCAGCAUAGACGAAAGCGACGAGCCCGCUGUAAAAACUGUAAAUAAAGCUUCUGGAACAGAUGAUCUGAAAUCUCUUUUAGACAUUCCAUCAGAUGGACAGGCAGAAGGUGGUACCAUUCCAUUGUCAGAUGUGAUGAGAGUAGGAGACCAACGACAGUCGUCUGUAAGGUAG